AUGACAAGCAACCAAGUAGGUUCGUAUCACGCCAAUGAAAAUGUUGUGAGAACUCCUGCAAGAGUUGAAAUAGUUUCUACGGUUCCAAUUCACACUCGUUCAGAAACCCCGGGUACGAUCAAAAAUAUUCGAACGCUCUGCUUUCUGACAAUACUUGACAAGUAUGGUUAUUAUAAUCUUGGCUCAUUGGAUUCGAUUUCCCCGAUGGCAUUGGUCCCCGAUGGCAAAAAUUUAGCCUAA